GUUGGAUAUAUUAUUGGAACCUUAGUAGACAUUGUUCAAGUCCGGUCGUCAUUGUAGCGUCACCACUCACUGUCGGUGCCGUCAUCCGACUCGUGCAUUCGUCACUCGGAGAGUUCUUAUUAUUUUGACCGUUAUAUAAAACGGACAAGUGAAAUCUAACAAUAUUCCGUACAAAUCACCGACGUCCGAUGUAAGUAUAGUAUUCAAGUAUGAGUUUAUUCACUUAUUUACUUAUUGUUAACAUUAUAAUAAUACGUUUUGUAUUUACGUAACAUGACAAAAAAAAAAGCCAAUGUAAUAACGUGCUUUUUAAGCUAUUAUAUAUAGUUAAAAUAAAAUGUAUAAUCAAUGUUGUAAAAUAAUUCUAAUAGUUUAUAGCCAUUAAGUAUUAGAUUAAGUUUUUAGUAUUAACCACAUUAAGAUAACACAUUUACACACGCACACACACAUAGUUCUCCAGUUAUAAGGAGGCCGGCCACUUCUAAUCACCCGCAGAGCGUGGUAUUGUUCCCGUUCCUUUUGGACAGAUGAUCACAAGCGAGUAUAAAGACUACGCAGAGAUUCUUACAAAAGUACGGGAACCUAGAACAGUGUUGUAUGAUUAAAAUUUUAAAAAAAAAAAACAGUUGUUACAUUAAAAUCUUUUUAUUUAUUUCGGUCACCUUUAUCAGAUUUAACAGAUGAUUUGCCGCCUGAAGGAGAAAGGUAAUUAAAUUUAUAAUUAACUUACACAUGUGAAUCAAUUUUAUAUAAUUAGGCUGACCCAUAUUUCUGAUUACAACACCAAGGGUACGGAUCUAUCACUAUCACUGUCCCCACGGGAGCGGAUGCAGAACAAAAAAAUGGGGAGAGACAAUUUUGAAAAUGCAUGUAAGGCACACAUUUAUUAUGAAAAUCGCAGAGUAUAUUGAAGAUAAAAGUAUAUUUUGAAGUGAUCAGGGGCGAGGCGAUUACCUAUCCUCUCUACCGUGAAUCUGUACCCCGCCCUCUUAAAUAUCAAUACGACAUUGUUUUAUUGACAUUUUUUGUAUACCUAGGUAAUUUAUUAAGAUAUUUUUAUUCUGUUGAUUAUGAUUUUUUUGUUUUACUUUUUGGCUGGUUGAAUAUAACAAUUAAUAGGUAUAAUAAUAUUUUAUUAAUAUUAUAUUAUUCGUGGUACAUAUUGUUUAUUUUUCGAAAUUAAUUAUUAUAUAUAUACUCGAGUUAACACUAUUAGUACUAAAAUAGUAAUAACACAUUUGGUUUUUUUAUGAUGCGUGCUUUUUUUUAUUAUUUUUGUAGCCCUCAUAGCCCCCAUGCAUACGCCCAUAGCUGUAUAUAGUAUAACCGUAUAAUAAUACCUAAAUUAUUAUUUGGAUAGUAUAAUUUCAUUUAAUUUAAUUAAAAAAUAUCUAUUUAAUUUAAUGUUACACAUUACACAUUGUUAUAAUUAUUAUUGUAAAUCUUUAUUCAUUACAAGUACAAUUUUUAAAUUCUGGACCAUUAUAUCGAUAGUAUUACAAUGGUUUGAACUUUUCUUUAUAAGAUUCUGAACGCAGCGAGGAAUGUGUUGGUUUUGCUUUAAUACCUACAAUUUACAUAUUAAAAAAAAAAAGAAAAGUUUUUGUUUUUGUUUCUAUCAACAACUUUUUUAUCGGAAUUUCAAAUCAAAAUUUGGAGUACUUUAAAAAUAUUGCCCCAAUUAAAAACCGACAAGAGCCUUUUAUUGUAACAAAUAUAUUGGUGCAUUUUUUUCAGUUUUUCUUAAUAAUUUAAACACAAAUUUAUGAAAAUGGGGUCAUAUAUGCAGAUUUCCGUUAUUUUCGAUUUUAUUUUUUUGUUUAGUUGUUUUAAAAUUGUCGUUGUAACAUGAGAUUUCAAUAGAAUACUAAUAUAAGCUUUUUUUAGAAAUGGUAAAAUUUUCGAAAAAAUUAUAGCCAUUUUUUAACUAUUUAUAAAUAUUUAAAAUUUUAUAAUUUUUAUUAGCUUUUAUUUGGUUUUAUGUGGACAUAAAACGUAUUUUAAUUAAAAACAUCUAUACGUUUAACAUAUAUGUAUUAAUUUAAUUUCGGAAUAAAUAAUAUUAUUAUACUACAUAAUUAUUAAUCGGUGUUCUAAAUAUGCUAAUGUUAAAUGGUUUUUGUUUCGUUUCUUUUUUUCAUUGCUAUAAAUAUAGAGCUGUAAUUAAGCUGUCGUUAUUACUUAAUAAGUUAUCUAAAAAUAAUCAAUUAAUAUGUUUAUAUAUUAUUUCAGAUAUACUCUAUUAUUCACGUUAUGAAACUGAACUCUGUUUUGAAUUUUUUACAAUCAUUUAUGUUUCAUACGGUAACAAACCAAAUUACCAUAUACCUAUUCAUAUUACUAAAUCUCUACUAUAAAUAAUUAAUCUCCGUUCUCAACAUACUUACUUACUUACCAUAAUAUGACAUAUAUUAUAUUUAUAUUUAUUUUUUAAAUAUUACCAAAGCAAUAAUAUCAACCAAAAUCACCUCAGAAUCGUUUUUUCGUUAGCAAUAGUUAAUCGUACUAAAUAAUUAUACAUAGAAUUUAUUUUGAUUUUUAAAUUAUGAUAUUAAUUAGUAUUAAUUAUUAUUAUAGUAUUUUUCUAUUUUUGUUUUUUAAAUUCAAGGUAUCCCUCAAGUAAAACUUAGGCAUUUAUAAUGUAUAUGUGUGAAGUGGCGUAUUUUCAAUUAUUUUGUGAGGGGAGAGGGUUAAAAUUUUUCUAAAAAAAGAGUGAUUUUUUUUUAACAUGAACAUGAAUUAUCCCUGAAGAUUUUAUGUGAAUUUUAUUUAAAAUUUUUUUAAUCUUUGUACAAUUAUUUAAGAUUUAUUUUAAAAUCAUUUUUUUUACCUCUACUCCAUAAAUUGUAUAUCUACUUUUAAAUGAUAUUUGAUAAUUCUUUCCUACGCCUCCGGUCUAAACUUUAAACAGUUAUAAGUCAUAAACGGUAAAUCUGAUAUUAGUGUUUUAUAUAUCAAAAUUACUAGAAAAAUAUACACAUUAAACUACGUAUUAUUGGCACAUUUAUGACUAAACUAAAUGUUAACUAAGGUAUGUCGAUCGAAGUUGUAUGUGACGUAUUUCGAUAACUGACUGACACAGCAAGAGUGAUUAAGAUAAUAGAAAUUAUAAAUAAAAAUUUAGGUCGUAAUUUACUGGUUAUUAUAUUUUUGUUUAGUGCUUACAAGAUUUAUUUUUGAUUUUUAUAUAUGACAAAAUAUUAAUUUAUACCUUUUUUAAUUUCGCUUCAAUAUACAAUACAUUUUGAAUUUCGUAAAAACACGGACAAAUAUGCAAUAACCAUUAAAUAUGCAGAAAAAAAAGUUACCCAAUUAUUUCAAACUAUUAUAAUUCAUAAGAAUUAAUGACAAAAAUCUAAAAAUGUGUAAAGGAAAAAAAAUUAAAUUGAAUAAAAAAUCGCGCUCUACUUAUGAUCUAUCGUUACAGCAUAUUAUAUAUUAUAUUUGUAUAAACAAAUCUAUCCUAGUCCUAAUCCUACUUGUUCUUACAUAACGGUUUAACUGUAAAUACAAUAAAAUUAAAAUGAUUGUUUGAUUUGUAAUUUUUUUUAUAAUUUUAAAAACUAAUACACUUGUAAAAAAUAAUAUUAAUUAUAGAUUAUAACAUUAAAUUAUUCUUAUUUGAUCAGGUAAUUUUUUUGUAAACGGUAUUUAAUGCAUAGGUAGGCACAAUAUAUCGUAUUGUAUUUCGAUACUAUGAAUAGGAAACAUAACAUUUUAUUUUCAAAAAAAUAUGGCAAAAAAUAUAUAAAUAAAAAAUGUACAUUUAAAAAUAAAAAAUUAAUAAAUGUGUCACCUGGAGUAUUAUGUUAAGUGUAUUAUACGACCGGUUUUGAAUUAAAAAUGUACCAUCAGGUAUAUCACAAAAGGUGCCUACACAGGAGGGGCCAGUAGGGGCCAUGGCCUCUCCCUCUUUUUCGGUCAAUUAUGGUAUAUUUUUAAAACGUAUCUUUUUUCUUCAAUUAAGGAAAUCAUUGUUUACUAAAUUUCAUAUCUGUUGUGUCCGUAAUAAUAAUGAAUAGACGAGUCUCGAGGAAUAUACGUGUGCAAAAUUAACCAUGGGUCUAUAUCACGAUGUUUAAUCUAUAUUGUGGUCUAUUUAGUUUAUUCUUUGGUAUCACAUUCAUAUAAUUAUCUUGAGCGCGCGAAGUAGUUGUUUUUGAUAGAUAUAUAGAUAAUUGAUUAAUCAUUAACUGAAAAGUAUAUCGUGCCAUCGUUGUCUGAAAUCUGACUUGUCGAUUAAUUUUUUAUUUGGAUUUGAAUGAUUUUUAGACUUAUUGACUUAUUAAUUAUAAUCUUAACGUCCUAAAUUUGAAAAUUAAAAUGAAUCCACUAAAACGAAAAACUUUAAGUUAAAAAAAGAUUGCAACAAAAGUACUGAUGUUGAAUGUUUACUCCAAUUUUAACAAGUUAAGACACAUGUCCAAAACGUGAACCUAAUUGCUUUAAUGGCUUGACAUAAAUGAAUAUUUACAAAACUUGUGUACAAAGCCAAAAAUCACACAUAACAAAUGAAACCUAGAUUCGUGAAAUUUUUAUUUAAUGACUAAUAAUCUUCAUAAUUAAUACGAUUUAAAUUAAAUAAUUAUAAUUUAGAUACAAAAUAAGUAAGACUUUGAUGAGUUAUAAGAUUUUUUUUUUCGGUGCUCUUGGGAUUCCAUACAUAAUAUUAUGAAAAUAUACAGUUAAUCAUAUGAUAUUAUUGGUAUUUUUGACCAAGUUUGUGAUACGUUAUACACUCAGAAAUGUAUUACAGUAAAAAAUACUAUAAUAUGUUAUAGAUUUGUAUCUAUAUAAUAAAAAUUAUAUAUAGCUUGCCCCCUUGGUGAAAAUUUCUACUGGCGCACUUGUAUAUCACAGCCAAAAUGUAAAACGCAACUAUUACAUUUAGACUGAGUUUAUAAUAAAGUCAAAUGUAAAAUCUAUUACUUUUUUAGGUACAUUGUAUUAUAAUUGCUUAAGGGAAAACGGAACAUCGGUAAAAUAUUAAACAAAUAUUAUUAAAGAAAAUAUAUAAUGCCUAUUUAAUUAUUUUACUAUAAUAUGACAUAAAUAUUGUUGACAGAGCAUCACUAUUUACUAAACUGCGCUCAGAAUCGUUUAUUCGUUAGCAAUGGUUUAUCGUUGCUUACAGGUAUACCUUAGAUUACUUAUAACAGUGGCUGUACCCGUUUUUUUAAACUUAGUUUUAACUAGAUUUAUGGACAGACCGUUGGUAUCAUACCUUACAUUUCUGUGAACCGUGGGCUGCUGAGUCUCAGUUAAUAAAGUACUUUUGUAAAUUGUUUAUAAGUGUUUCUUCAAGCCCUGUGUAUCGGUGGUCUCGCCAACAAUAAUAUAAAUUAACUUUUAUCCAAUUUUUUAUUAUCAAAGUACUGUUUUUCCAUCAGUAGUGAAAACCUUAGUGUCUUUGUUCGCUAAGGAAAUCCAUUCUCAAAUUUUAUUGCAAAUCGAACUACGUAUUUUCGGCACAUUCACGAUUUACGGACUAAACUAAAUGCACUAAACGAUGUGUCAAUCGGAAUGGUAUGUGGCGUAUGUCGAAAACUGUCCGACACAGCAAGAGCGAUUAAGAUUUUAGAAAUAAAAGUUUAGGUCAUAAUGGGUUAAUUAUCUUAUCUUUAUUUGGUGCCUACAAAAUGUAUUCUUCAGUAUACAAUAGAUUUUGAAUUUCAUAAUAAUAUGAAAAAUAUAUAUUUAGAUUGGACAGGUAUAUGUUACUCAAUUAUAAUUAUUUGCAAUAUUUUUAUCGUUUAUAAUACAGUCAAAUGUAAAAUCUAUUAGUGUUUAAGGUACAAUGUAUUAUAAUUGCUUCACGUUUUUAAUUUUCAGAUAUUCAUAGCGCCGCUCACUGGAAAAUUUCUGCACCAUUAUGGAUUCAUUAAUACAAACGAUAAAUAAAUUACAAGAUGUAUUUUCUGUGAUCGGUGAACAUAAAAUUGAUUUACCUCAAAUCGUUGUAGUUGGAUCUCAAAGUUCUGGAAAAAGUUCAGUUCUCGAGAGCCUGGUUGGUGGCGCGUUCUUACCACGGGGUACAGGCAUUGUAACGCGAGCUCCAGUUAUCUUGCAAAUUAUUAAAUACAAUGACGAACAGAAGAAAGAGAUGCUUAAAAUUACAAACAACACACUAAUUCAUGAAUGGGCUACUUUUUUACAUAAACCUAACCAAGUAUUUCAUAAUUUAGAUGAAGUACGUAAAGAAAUAGAGACAAAAACCAAUGAUCUUGCUGGUUCUAAAAAUAACAUUACCCACGAUGCUAUAACUUUAAAGAUCUAUACUCGACAUUACAACCUUACAUUUGUCGAUUUACCUGGUAUAACCAAAAUUCCAAUUGAUGAUCAACCGGAAGAUAUAGACGAACAGAUACAAAAAUUAAUAUUCAAGUAUGUCGAAAUGUCUAAUUCAAUUAUCUUAGCAGUAGUCACAGCCAAUACAGAUCCGUCUACUUCUGAAAGUUUAAAAAUUGCUAGAAAAGUAGAUCCACACGGGAAUAGGACAAUUGCUGUAGUCACAAAAUUAGAUCUUAUUGAUAAGGGUACAAUAGAUGAUACAAAAGAUUUGCUUUGUGGUCGUAAAAUUCCUGUGAAACUUGGCAUAAUUGGAGUUGUUAAUAGGUCCCAAAAAGAUAUAAAUGAUAAAAAAACCAUGGAGCAAGCCCGGCAAAGUGAACAAGAUUUCCUAAAAAUAAAUUAUCCAGAUAUUUACAAAAAUCAUGGAAACAAAGAAUUAGCUAAUACAUUACAAAAGAUAUUAAUUAAUCAUAUUAAAAAAACGUAUCCAGUUUUGCAUAAAAAUCUUCAAGAUACAAAGAUAAAACUAGAAGAAGAAUUGCAAACACUAAAAGCACCCGAACAUAAGUUACCAUUUAUAUUAAAUUUAUUAAAAGGUAUAGCAAAAUCUUAUAUCGACACGAUCAACGGAAACCAAAAUGACAUAUCAGAUCACAUAAUUAUGGGUGGUGCACACAUAACCAAAAUCAUAAAUGAUGAAUAUAUUGAAAAAUUAAAUAAAAUAGAUCCACUUGUUGAUUUGACAAGUGACCAAAUCAAAAUAAUUAUAUUAAAUACUGCAGGUACAAGCAGAAGUUCGUUUAUAAAUGAAAAAGCAUUACAAAUUAUAGUUAGCAGACAAUUAAGUCAUCUUAUUCAACCAUCAUUAUCCUGUGUAGAUUUAGUACGUGUGGAAAUGUCAAAAAUAUUUGAUUGCAUUGAUGGAAAUAUUUUGGAAACUCUCAAGCGGUUUUCUAAGAUAAAUUCUGAUGUAAGUUCAAAAAUUAUUUUACCUACUCUGUUGCUAAUAUUUAAACUUAAUUUGAAAACAUAAUGUAUUAAGUUUAUUUAAUUUUAAACUUAGUAAUAUCAAUUGUUGCAUAGAUCAUUUUUAAAAGUUUUUUAUUUGUUUAAUUAUUCAGUAUUCAUAAUAUCUUUUGAAACAAAUUAAAUACGAUUUAAUAAUAUUAACGUAAAUAUAUAGCUUAAAAAAUCUAGAGUAGAUAAAGUUAUCAAUUGUAUUUUAUGAUUUGAUCAUUUUAUUUACAACUUCCGUUGAGUAUACAAUUUAAUGCUAUCAUUGCUAUCAUAAAUAAUUAUCGGAUUUUAAUUUUUAAAUUAAAAUUAAUUUAUUAUAUCAAAAAAUUGAAAAACCAUGUAAAUAACAUUUUUGGUAUUUAAAAUAUAAUGGUAUAUUUGUAUUUGUAUAUAUGUUAUACCAAAUUAGUGAAUUUGCCGAUUUCACGAUUUGUUAGAUGUAUAUUUAUUUUAUAAAUAUUAUCACUUAAUCAUAUUAAAUCAAUCAUAAUCAAAUAAUUUUAAACUUUUUAACCUAAUAUAUUAAUUCAAUUUUUUUUAAUGAUUCAUUUUCUUAAUUUAUUGUAUCAAUUUUGUUUAAAUUUCAGCAUAUAUUUUGUUAUGUAGAAAAUCGGUCUAUUUUUGUACUUUUUUUCGUAUUGGUAAUAUAUAUUUUUUCACUUUGCCAAUUUCAUAUAUUCGUCAACAGCGUUGCUUAUUUUAUGAAACGGGCAAUUUUCCCGUCGAUUUCGUGAAAUUCGGCAAUUUCGGCAAAUUUAAGACUUCGACACAACAAAUAUAUUGAAAAAUUUAAAUUCAAGUGACAAUUAAAUAAUAAUAAUAAAAAACAACAACUUAUAUAGGUAAAUACUGAUUUUAAUUUUUUAUUCUAAUAAUAAUUGAUGAUUUUUUAUGAAUAAAAAAUUGCAUAGAUUAGUCCACAUUCUUUUUUUUCUAGUCUGGAAUAUAAUAUUUCUAAGUCAAUUAACUUAGGUAUUAAUUUUAAAUCAAGUAAAAAAUAAUUUUGUUAAAUAGUAUACUAUUAUCCUUAAUUUGUGUAUAGAACCAAUAGAAUGGUUUACCGUUGCUAACAAAAACGGUUUGGAGCAAAGUUCUUAAAUUUAAAAUUAAAAUUCUGAUUGGAAAAAUUAGCAAUGGUUUAUCGUUGCGUACAUGUAUACAACUUUAUGUAACUAUUUUACCUUCCCAUUUUCCCGCUUAUAACAAUGGCUGCACCCGUACUCAGCUCUUUAUUAUGGUUGUAACAGUUUGUUUUUUAUUAUUAUGAAUAAUAUAAAAUAUGAUUUCAGGUUAGAGGUUUGUUGAACGAAAUGUUAGAUAACAAUUUGACAAGUAUUAAAGACUUUAUUAAUACUUACAUGAAGGCACAACAGACAUGUCUUAAUACAUCCAACCCGAAUUUCAUAUUGGACAUGUUAAAAUCAUCGCCUAAUAUACAGAACACUUUAGUGACCAAUUGUGUAAAAUAUUCUACUAAUGCAAUCAAUAAUAAAAAUUAUUUGAACGAAGAAACAGUAAAGGAAUUACUUAAACAAACCCUUACUGGUUUAAACGAUUGGGAUAAAACUACGAAAAUAUCAGAGCAAGUACAAGUGCAUACGAAUUUAACAAAAUGUUACUUUGAGUUCAUAAAGAAGCAAGUACAAGAUUUCGUACCUAAACUGAUUCAAGACAAAAUGGUAAAUGCGGUUUUGAAUGAAUUCGAAAAUUAUUUACAUAAAUAUGUUUUUACACCAUAUAUCGAAAAUAAUUCUAUUACUGAUGUGCUUGCUGAAAAAGAAUCCACAAUAAAAGACCGUCAGCGAGUAAAGCAGUUAUUAGACGCUGUAAAUAAAGCGUUAUGCAAUAUGUUAGAUUUACAAUAUACCUAACUGAAUAAUAAUUGAAAACCAUCCCAUCUAUAUUCAAAAUGCUUAGAAAGAAUAAUUUUGUACUUUUUAUUGGG